AACGAAAACAGGCGGAGCAGCAGCGCGGCAGGGGCCGUUCUGGUUCGUCCUGCUGCUGGGGAUGCCCGUGAGCGCGUCUGUGAUAAACCCUGGAUUGUAGUGGAUGAUUAACCAGGCUCCAAAGCCAUCCCAUAACAGAGGAGAGGCAGCAGCACGUGCUGCGCCCUGCCUGGAGCGGGGAAGGAGCUGCUGUGGAGGGGACAGCCAAGGAACAGCUCUGGGAGGAUGAGCCCUGGGGGCUGCAGCGCUGCCUGAGCCAGCUGGGCCGCAAGGGCAGUCCAUGCACCUGUGGCUGCUGGGAGAAGCCGUGCUCAGCAUCUGUGAUCCACGCACCCAGCAGCAUGAAAGGAGGGAAGCAGGACAGCUCCGAGGGCACCCAGGGUGCCAGGGGGAAGAUGACGCUGCCCCUGGCCCUGGUGGCUCUGAUUUCUGCCUUUGGCUCUUCCUUCCAGUACGGCUACAACGUGUCUGUGAUCAACUCUCCUGCCCCGUAUAUGCAGGACUUCUACAACAGCACCUACCUGGAGAGGACAGGGGUGCCCAUGGACAGGGGCUUCCAGACCCUGCUCUGGUCACUCACAGUGUCCAUGUUCCCCCUGGGUGGCCUCUUUGGGUCACUCCUGGUGUGGCCCAUGGUCAACAACUGUGGCAGAAAGGGCACUUUGCUGAUAAAUAACCUCUUCUCCAUCGCUGCUGCCAUCCUCAUGGGGACCUCAGAGCUGGCAAAAAGCUUUGAAGUGAUCAUCCUCUCCCGUGUUCUCGUGGGAAUAUUUGCUGGCCUGGCUUCCAACGUGGUUCCCAUGUUCCUCGGAGAAAUGUCCCCCAAGAACCUGAGAGGAGCUGUGGGGGUGGUGCCGCAGCUCUUCAUCACCAUUGGCAUCCUUGCAGCCCAGAUCCUGGGGCUGCACGGCAUCCUUGGCAAUGCCAGAGGGUGGCCUGUGCUGCUGGGGCUCACCGGGAUCCCGUCCCUGCUCCAGCUCCUGGCACUGCCCUUCUUCCCCGAGAGCCCCAGGUACCUGCUCAUCCAACGGGGCUCCGAGGAGCAGGCACGGACAGCUCUGCAGAGGCUGAGGGGCUGGCAGGACGUGGAAGAGGAGAUUCAGGAGAUGUACCAGGAGGAUCGCUCUGAGAAGGAGGAAGGGCAGUUCUCUGUGCUCAGCCUGUUCACCUUCAGGGGCCUCAGGUGGCAGCUCAUCUCCAUCAUCGUCAUGAUGGCAGGGCAGCAGCUCUCGGGGGUCAACGGGGUGUUCUACUAUGCAGACAGGAUCUUCGAGUCAGCAGGGGUGCACAGCAGCAGCAUCCAGUAUGUCACCGUGUCAAUAGGUGCCAUCAACGUGGUCAUGACUCUGCUGGCUGUUUUCAUUGUGGAGUCCCUGGGGAGGAGGAUCCUCCUCCUGGCUGGCUUUGUGCUGUGCUCUGCCUCCUGUGCAAUCCUAACCCUGGCCCUCAACCUGCAGAGCUCUGUGUCCUGGAUGUCCUACCUCAGCAUAGUCUGUGUCAUUGCCUACAUCAUUGGACACGCCAUCGGACCCAGUCCCAUUCCUGCUGUGAUGAUCACCGAGAUGUUCCUGCAGUCGUCGCGGCCCGCGGCGUUCAUGGUGGGCGGCUCUGUGCACUGGCUGAGCAACUUCGCCGUGGGUCUGCUCUUCCUCUACAUGGAGGCUGGGCUGGGGCCCUACAGCUUCCUCAUCUUCUGUGCCAUCUGCGUGGCAACCCUGCUCUACAUCUUCUUCAUCGUUCCCGAGACCAAGAAUAAAACCUUCAUGGAAAUCAACAGGAUCAUGGCCAAGAGGAACAAAGUGGAGGUGCAGGAAAGCCAAGAGCCUAAAGAUUCCUACCCCCUGAAGGUAGGAAGGCAGGAAGAGAAGAAAUCGCUCUCCAGCACUGAGAUGUGAGCCAGCUGUGCUUGGCCUGACAGGAUCUGUUCAGCAGGAACACAAAUCCAGGGAUUCCUCCUUUGAUGCUGAUCUGACAAUCAGAACUGUUAGGGCAGGAAAAGACAUUUAACAUCUAAUCCAAAGCUAAUGCUGCCAAAUCCUCCUCUUGUUCCAAGGAAAAGGAAAUGUCCUCAGCCAGCUCAGUCUGUGACCAAGGAGCUGAUGAGUGUCCCCGGUGUUUGUCCUGGUGGCACAUCCAGGGGACACACGGCAGCCCUUGGGCUGGGUGGGGGCAGUUGUGUGCAAGGAGAGCCCUAAACUCCUCUGGGGAACUGUCACUUGUGUGUUUGAGGGUCCAGCAAGGGAAAUUAAAUUCCAUUUGGUAUGUCAGUGUGCAGCCCUCUGUUCUGACAAAAGCAGAACUGUUGAGCAGCUUGGCAUGGAUCUUGUGUAGUAGAUGGAGAAUCCCUCACAUGAUUUACUUUAACCCUAGCAAAUCAGUUUAUAGCUGCAAUAUACCUGGUGCUCAAGUUUGUGAUACGAGUGUUGGAAAAGGAGCUGUUUCCAUGCUCUGUCUCUGCAUCCCCUACAGAAAAGAAGGCAAAGUUGUGCCACAGGCCAGGGCACAGGGAGUGCACAGGACCUGUCCUGGGAGCUGCCCGGCCACAGCUCCACAUCUGCUCCUGUGGGACACAACUGCAAGGGAAGGGUGCUGAGUUGGUGCUGACAAACAGGAGGAGAGACAAGCAGGGAGGAUGGCGAGAAAC